CAUUUCUUUGACAUGAGUAAGGAUGCAGCAAUUGUUCUAUGAAAACUAUGAGCACAACAAGAAAGGAUACAUUCAGGAUUUGCGUAACAGCAAGAUUCAUAAUGCGAUAACACUCCACCCAAAUAAAAGGCCUGAUUAUCAGUAUAGACUACAUAACUAUUUGUUGACUCGUAAAGUUUCAGAACUACGUCAUCGAACCAUUCAGCUGCAUCGAGAAAGUGUUUCUAUGAGCAAACUCAGUAACACUGAAGUUCACAAGGAGGAUCAGCAACUUGGAAUGAUGCCAUCCUUUAUGCGCUUCCAGCCUCGUGACAGGAAUGAGGUUCUUGAAUGGGAAUUCCUUACUGGGAAGCACCUUUUUAGCAUGGUUGAAACACAAAUUCCUCGUCAGGGUAUCAACAGUGCACUCCGUGCAGCACUGGAUGACACUAUAAUGCAAGUUAUGGAGAUGAUCAAUUGGAACUCUAAGACCAGAGGACGUGUGAUCGAAUUUAAAGAAAUUCAAUAUGGCUAUCGCAGAGUUAAUCCAAUGCAUGGAGCAGAAUACAUUAUGGAUCUGUUGCUACUUUAUAAGAAACAUAAGGGGAGAAAGGUGACUGUUCCUGUGAGACGCCAUGCCUACAUUCAACAGUCUUUCAGUAAAGCAUUCAUGAAGGAAGCUGAAGAACUUGAUGCUAGAGAGCUUGCAGAGAGCAUAAACAGUGACUCUCAGUCUUUCUCUUUCCUUUCAAACUCACUGAAGAUCUUCUCGCCAUUCCAAUUCACAGAGACCACAAAAGAGCUUAAACAACGAAAUGACCAAAAAGUUCACAUCCUUGUUCCUCUCACUGGAAGGUAUGAGACAUUUGUCCGGUUCAUGGAGAACUUUGAGAAGACUUGCCUUAUUCCAAAUCAGAAUGUAAAACUAGUCAUAUUGUUGUUCAAUUCUGAUCCAAACUCAGAUAAAGGCAAGCACAUGGAGUUAAUGAGAGAGCUUAACCUUAAAUAUCCUAAAGCAGAUAUGACUAUUCUCCCUAUGAAAGGGGAGUUUUCAAGAGGCCUAGCACUAGAAAUGGGAGCUUCUUCAUUUCAUAAUAACAGUUUGCUGCUCUUCUGUGAUAUUGAUUUAAUAUUUACUCUAGACUUUGUGCAAAGGUGUAGGGACAAUACAAUUCAGGGAGAACAGGUUUAUUUUCCUGUAAUCUUUAGUCAGUAUGACCCAAAAAUAGUUUAUGGCAGCAAUCCAGUAAAUGAUAAUAACUUUGUUUUCACAAAAAAGACCGGUUUUUGGCGGGAUUAUGGAUUUGGAAUAGUUUGCAUAUAUAAAAGUGAUUUAUUGCAUGUUGGUGGGUUUGAUACCUCCAUUCAGGGCUGGGGCCUAGAAGAUGUGGACCUUUUUGCAAAAGUGAUCUCUGUUGGCUUGAAUGCCUUUAGAAGCCAAGAAAUUGGUGUUGUCCAUGUUUACCACCCUGUUCACUGUGAUCCCAAUAUGGAUCCUAAGCAAUACAAGAUGUGCCUAGGGUCCAAAGCAAGUACGUUUGGAUCAGCAAUGCAGUUGGCAGAACUCUGGCUUGAAAAACAUCUAAAUGGUGGCUACAAUAGAACUAUGUCCUGACAUUCAAGCUCUUUCGCUCUCUCAAAGAGUGUUACCUCAAAUUUUUACAUUGUUAUGCUUAUGUUUCCCAGUCGCCUCUUCCAAAGAAGAUUUUCAAAGCAUUAAGGUGAAUUAAAUUGGUGAAUAUUUUAGCAUCCUACGGAAAAUGCUUUGAAAGUGGGUCAUUUUUGAUCUUCUUGCCUAAAACUGGGGAACCUCAAAACACUUGAGGGUAUUGUCAAUCACGUUUCUCCUGCAGGCUUUAUAAAAGUACUUCACAUGUCAGAAUCUGAACUCAGAAUUCAAAAUUUAUGGAAUGGAAAUAAUGCCACAAAAGUGCUUUAAGCUUCAAGUGGGAAAGAACUAAUCUUGACUUUUUAUUUAUGUUCAGACUUUAAAAUUGUUGACUUUCACCAUCUGCAGUAUUUUUUAAAACUAUGUGAACAAAAGUAUGAUUGUAUGUUUGCUUUUAAAAACUUUUAUGUGGGAAUAUACUCUCACGAGAUUACAGGUACUGGUGACCAAGCUCUAAAUGUCUGAAAAUGUAUGUAUUCUGUAUACUGUGUACAGUGACUUUAGAUGACUCCUUGUUUCUUCAAUGGAAACAUGCUGCAAGUAGGCAUGUAUCUUCAUUCCUGUAGCUUUGUAUCCUUAAAUACCCCUUCAGCUUGCCGCUUAGAACAAAUCACCUGAGAACACUCCUAUUUAUAAUAAAGUAUCUGCAUAACAUCAUUUCACUUUCCAAAAAAAAGUUGCAUUGUUUUAGACUAUUUGCUAAACACUUUGGACUCCAAACCGAAUUUAUUUUGCUUUUAUGCUUCUGAUCUGCAGUGAUUUACCUCAUUGAUGAUCAGAACAUUGCAGUUAUGCAACAGCAAUUUAGUGAUAAUUGCUGCACUGCUUGAGUGAUCUCUACAAUUAGCACAAUUUACUGACUGUUUAAUGCUUUAGAAAGAUUUUUAAAUUCAUUGACAGUACACACUAAGAGUUGACCUAACUUCCUCCAGUACACAUUCAUCACUAUUCAUAGUGGGCUCCAGAAACAGUUAUUGCUGUAUAUGCAUAUCCUACCUUUUUGACGAUGGAAGAUACAGUGUUGUGUAGCUGCUGGAAGUAUCAAAGUAGUCAUUUUGCGUCUGGUGCAAGGUGACUGGUGAUUCUGGGCAUUGAGACCCCAACAAUCCACUGUUGUAUUUUUUCUCUCUGAUCCACAUUCAACAAAGAAAAAGGCAGCUUGUAGGCUUUGUGGGAAGGGGGCUUAUGAAAUGCACAAUCUUGGUUUUGGAAGUUGAUGAGUUGAGCAGUGAUUACUCUCUCACUUCCCUUAAGGCAUACCAUCUGAAAUCUGGGUUGCAUUUUAUAAAAAAGUUAACUAACAUAACAACUUUUUCUUCUUUUUCAUUUAUUGUUUGGUAAUGCUUUUGGAUAAAAGCUACAGAAUGUGAUGUUUUGGAUUUCAGAACAGGUUUCCAAUUAUUUUGUUUUCAAAUCUGUUUCCAUGAAUUAAGGUGUUGUACUUUAUUGCUGCUGGUUCUGUUUUUGGUCCUUAUUAAUUUUCUGAAAUGACUGCUCAUGUUAACUGAAAGAGCAAUAGAAAUUUCAAUUUUUUACUUGUUUACCAGAGGUGAAACCAAAUACAUUCAGGAUUGCUAAGCUUCAUGAUGCAAUAUUGAACUACUUUUUAAAUAAUUGUAAGCAAUUUUUGACGAACAAACAUAAAUCGAUAAUUGCAAUAAAAAAGCAAGAACUUGGCAUUCAUUUGAAAAAAUACAAAUUAUGUCCAUCUUUGGUAGAGCUGAGAUUGCCAUAGAU